UCGCUACUCUUAUCACAAGUCACAACUCACACCUUGCUAUAGCUCAAGGGCGAUCCCUUAGCUUCUUGUCGACCUCGCUCGGUUAGUUCACUAGCCUCUCGGUGGAUCUCAUGGCAUCGAUGUCGAUGAGCUCGUCGAGGGCGCAGUGGACGGCGAAGCAAAACAAGCUGUUCGAGCAGGCGCUGGCGGUGUACGACAAGGACACGCCGGACCGGUGGCACAACAUCGCUCGCGCCGUGGGGGGAAAGUCGGCGGACGAGGUCAGGCGCUACUACGAGCUGCUCGUCCAGGACGUCAAGCACAUCGAGGCAGGCAAGGUGCCCUUCCCCGCAUACAGGUUCCCCGGCGGCGCACCCGGCUCCAUGACCGUCGGCGGCUACGAGGCCGACAGGCUGAAGCACCUGAAAAUCUAGGUGGCAUUCAGGAUGCAUGUACGCACAGCGCGUGUGCCAUGUGGCACGUGUGGCUACAAAGAAGCAACUCAAGCAAGUGGCCAGAGCAUCCGUUGUAGAUAAAUCGAUCUCCCAUGUAUGUACCGUGUUCAUCUCAUGUCUAAUCUCUGUAUGUAUGUAUGUAUGUAUGUAUGUAUGUUAUAUGCAUUCGAGAAAAGUGAGAAAUAAAUAGUUUUUCAUUGUGCAUCCAAUUAGAUCAUUGUUGAGGUCGCCAUCAGGAACUCCUGACACGCUUAGGCUCCGCCUGCCUAGAUCCAAAGGUCGCCUGGCUUCAAAACCCUUCUAGAGCCUACAGGCUCUCGACUCUCUAUGGAGCCUCAAGCCUUUGGAGGGUUGGAACCCUUGGAGGGCACUAACUUUCGGAGGCAUUGGUAAGACAGUUAAGCCCCUAGAAAUUUCAAUAGGAAGGGGUCCAUCAAGCAUCAUCUGCCUGCCAUAAAGUGAUCGGUGUUUAAUGCUGAUCUAAUCGAUGGUGAGUCUGACACCCUGUGCAGGGCGGGUGUCGCAAUUGGCGACCGGCCGCGCACGGCAGCCACUUAACAACACUAUAGUAUCACGAUUAGAUGAUGUCAUCAGAUUAAGUACAUAAUUACUUGGGCUUUAACAAUAUUUUACCAGGCCGGCUCUAAACCCCGGUUGUAUAGCAACAGCUUGUAUCUCAGUCUCUUUCAUAGGGGUGCCCUCUGUAAGACAUUAUAAAUACAGAUCUUAGGAACACAUUGAAGGGGAACCUUGGCUCAGAAAAUCAUUUGUGAUGUUCCAUUUCUCUCCACUUCUCCUCUAAGAUUGAAUCAUUCAUGUGGGUUGGCUCUCACCUUAUUUUAUUUGUGGAAGAUAUAUUUUCUUUCAUCAACAAUCAUCCAUCUUUUUCCCCCCUUUUGGCCUAGUUCCAAUUUGUAGAGAUUUUGCCACGAACUAUUUAUAUGAUGUAGAGUAAGAUACUCCUAUAUUGCGCCAUUCCAUCUGCCUUUUUCUUUUGCUAGUUAGUUUUUCCAGUAUUCCAAAGAAACCCUAUUAUAUGGAGCCUUAACCAAAAUCGUGCACAUUAAUUUGACAUGCAAACUGCCAAUGGCAUAUUAGUUCGGCACGCAACUGUCAGCGCGACCAAAUCAUUUAGAUUUUAAGGGCAUGAACAAUCUAGGAUUAGAUGUUUAUACCUAGGUGUUUAGCACUACGUGAAACGGACAAAGAAGACACAUAUAAGUGACAAGUUGUGUAAUGAUCCGUCACUUAUGUCGCAUCAGGUCAGGAUCAGGUAUUUACCCAUCACAAAUAACAAAUAAGAAGUGAUGGGUCGUAAUACUACCUAUCACCUAUAACAUGAGUGACAGGUAAUAACUAAACCCAUCACUUAUGACUUGGUCAUAUGUGACAGGUCUUCCUGCACCAAUCAUAAGUGACAGGUCAUGUUGCGAGAGGUCACUUAUGACUUCGCAAAGGUGACAGGUUUUCCUGGGCCAGUUAUAAGAGACAUGUCAUAAUAUGACCCGUCACUUAUUAUUUGUCGUAACAUGAUCCGUCACUUAUAACAAAUAAUAAGUGACGGGUAAUAUUAUCACUCGUCACCUAUUACUUAGCUCUGUUUAAAGAGUUGGUCAGCCACUAUGCGGGUAAACAGUUACUCAACAGUUCCGCCUGAACAGUGUUGGCGAUUUUCAUCGGCUCUGGUAGAGAUUUUAUAAUAUCUUGUUGAUUUGAACUUUGAAUUGGUGCUAGGUCUUUCAAGGUUUGCAUCUCCCAUUUUCUCCUCAUUUCCUUCUCCUCUAAUCCCUAUUUAGUAGAUUUGUUGUGCUUUAAGUUGCAAUCAACUAUUUUGCAUCUUUAUCCAAAAUCUUAGUACAAGUGAGUUGUAUUUAUGUUAGAUUUGAUAUUAGUUUUGCCUGAUCUACCACGAGAUGCUACAGAUCUAGUGUAUUUGUAUGGAAUUUUUAAUCGCAUGCUUAACUAUAAAAUUAAGGUAAUUGUUAAAGAAGAAUGAAUGUUUUCAUAUUAAUUGUAGAUAACGGACAAAAGUUGGAUAUACCUUAAGACCCGAACUUGUUUGGAGUAUCUGAGCGGGGUGAAGCAUUUCAUGAGUGCUGCCUUGGCGGAUAUGAAAUAUCGUGGUAAAACGGCAAUGUAUUGUCCAUGUCACGACUGCAAGAAUGAUAAGAAGUUUCUGAAACCAGACAAUAUCCAUGCACACUUGGUCAUGUGUGGAUUUAAAGAGAAUUAUACAUUUAGAACAAUCAUAGUGAGGAAGGCCUUAACGAGGAAGAGUUGGAUUGGACCCUCCAUGCCGACAGUGUGGAUGAAGGACUUACACCUGGUGAAAUGGAUCAUGAUCUCAGGAAUGAGGACAUAUUAGGUUUCAAUGAUAAUGAUCUCGAGGAUUUUGUAGAGAAUGUGGACCAGAUGGUGUGGGAUGUUGAGCGACACGACGAGUAUAACAAUGAUGAGUUUGCUAAAUUUCAGGACUUUGUGCGGGAUUCCAAAAUGCCCCUUUAUCCCAACUGUAAGGAGAAGUACACGCGGAUAUUUGGGAACCUAAAGCUUCUACAGCUGAAAGCAACACAUGGUUGGACUGACAAGAGUUUCGAAGCAUUGCUGGAUCUGCUAAGUGACAUGCUACCGGAGGGGAACUUGGUGCCCGAGGGUGUCUAUGAUGCAAAGAAGAUAAUUUGUCAUUUAGGACUAGAAAUAGAAAAAAUACAUGCAUGUAAGCAAGAUUGUAUCUUGUUUCGUGGAUAGUAUGCAGAGCUGGAUCAAUGCUCCAUUUGUGGAACCCAUCGAUAUAAGCGUAGAAAUGACGGUGGUGACGGGGAUGGAGGCAAGAAAAGUAAAGGUGGUCCUAGGAAGGUGGUGUGGUAUUUUCCUGUAAUUCCCCGUCUGAAGCGUCUGUUUGCCAACAUAAAUGAGGCACAAUAGGUGUGUUGGCAUAAGGAGUGUUGUAAGAACGACACGAUGAUAUGACACAUGGCGGAUUCCGCUCAAUGGCAAAUCGUUGAUUCCACAUUUGGUUUGUUCGCUGAAGAAUUGAGAAAUAUUAGGUUUUCUAUGAGCAUAGAUGGUAUGAAUCCAUUCGGUAACAUUAGUACCUCACAUAGCACCUGGCCUGUUGUAUUGUCGAUCUACACCCUUCUGCCCUGGCUUUGUAACAAGCGAACAUACAUUAUGUUGUCGAUCUUGAUAUCAGGACCAAAACAGCCUGGCAACGAUAUCAAUGUGUACCUCAGGCUUUUAGUCGAUGAUCUUAAGAAACUCUAGUCAGAAGUCAUCAAGGUUUGGGAUCAGUACAAGCAAGAGUACUUUACCUUGCACUCCAUGUUGUUCGUCACCAUCAAUGAUCUGCCAGCACUUCGUAACUUUUCAGGUCAGAGCAAAAGAAAAGGUGAAGCUUGCCCACCUUGCUUAGAUGACACAUAUAGUUUGAGGUUGAACAACUCAAAGAAAAUAGUGUACAUGCGGCAUCAAGGUUUCUUUCCAGGAAGCACCCGUACCAAAACAUGGACAAACAGUUCGAUGGAACAAGGGAGAAAGCGUUACCUCCGAGGUAUUUCAGCGGGAAAGAUGUCCACAAUCAGGUUAAGAAUAUCAAUGUUGUCAUUGGCAAGCGAAAACAAUCCUCUAAUGAUGAUGAACACUUAGGAAUGUGGAACAAGAAAUCAAUACUGCAAUCGUGCCACGCCUUUCGAUGACAUUGAAAACUCCAUAUUUAUGCUCCGACCAUAAUGAAGGGAUCCAUGUCAAGAAAGCAUGAAAACGCCGAAUUUGAGUGUGAAAUAUUAAUGUCAAAUUUGAAUGUUUGGUUUCAAGUAAAUUGAAUUUGUAAUAUUAAUGCCAAAUUUGAAUUUUAGGUUUCAAGUUAUUUGAAUUUGUAAUAUUAAUGUCAAAUUUGAAUUUUAGGUUUCAAGUUAUUUGAAUUUGUAAUAUUAAUUUAAAAUUUGAAUUUUAGGUUUCAAGUUAUUUGAAUUUAUAAUAUUAAUUUAAAAUUUGAAUUUUAGGUUUCAAGUUAUUUGAAGUUAUAAAUUGUGACGGGUGAUAUUAUUAACCCGUCACUUUUAUAACUAACAGGUGACGGGUAAAUAACAUAACUUGUCACAUAUGACUUAUAUGUAAGGGUCGAGUUGAAGUAAAAGGUGACAUGUGAUAUUCUUAACCCGUCACCUAUGACUUAUACGUAAGGGCCGAGUCGAAGUAAAAGAUGAUGGGUGAUAUUCUUAACCCGUCACCUAUUACUUACAAUAAGUGAUGUGUGACAUUUAUAACCCGUCACCUAUAUGACUUGUUUGUAUAUAACCCUAGCUAGUCUCCGCGUGCACACUCUCGUUUUGCCUAAGUCUUUUUGCAUGCACGCGCUAGGGUUCUCCGUCGUCGUUGCCCUCCACCCGCCCCACGAGCCGUCGCCCCCCGACCCGCCACUGUCGCCACAGUCGCCCCGUUGCCCCGUCGUCCUCCACCCGUCGCCGUUGCCACGAGUUGUCGCCCCCUGACCCAUCUCUGUAUGCUACCGUCGCCCGUUGCUGUUGCCACUGUCGCCCCUGAGCCCGUCGUUGCCCCCACCAACGAUGGCCUCUCCGCCCCUGUCGGAGCCCCACCGCACUCGAAGCACCGCCGUCGCCCCCGAGCCUGCCGCCGCCGCCUACGAGCCUUCAUCGAGCACUCGGUCACCAUCGCCACGAGCCCUCUCCAAGCACUCGGCCACCGUCAACACGCAGCUCCUCCCAAAGCCCAAGUCCGAGCACAAGGCAAGGCAACGCCGCCGCCAGCUCCUCCUGUCCUUGUUCCCUUCCUCACGAGGUCAGUCAUAAACUUUUGGUCAAAAGCUAUCUAUGAUAUGUCUCAAAUUAGAUUUGUCUGUGUUGAAUGGACUAUAGUUGAAGCAUGUAUCAUUACUCAGGAAAUGCUUGUUCAUACACUUGUUCUUGAACUAACCUGUGAGGUGUGUGCAUGCUUGUUCAUACACUUGUUCUUGAACUAACCAAAGAUAAUGAACAAAACUAUUGACCGCAAAGCAUAUAUAAAAGGAAUUAGUGUCUCUAUGACUUCAACAGGAAUUGCAUAAAUCCUAAAGCACUUGAAUAUACACACUUUUCUUAUCUUGAAUGAGAUGCAGAGUUUGAGAACACUUUUCUUUGUCAUACUUGGACUCAUUGCCACCUUUAGUAUGUGAAACCGGAAGGUGGGUUGUUCGGAGAGUUUGUAGUAAUAUAAGCAGAUUGGUCUGUUUAUUUUAGUAGUUAUCACAUCUACCAUUAUCUAGAGAACACGCAUUUCAACAUAGAUUUCUUAAUCUUGAUUCCUUUCUUUCCUCUAUUGAGAACAAAAUAUACUACACUUGAUUUCCAUGGGGAAGAAGAGGAUUGCCACUUCUGAGAAACCAAAAGCACAAAGGAUGCUAGCACUAGAGGCCGCACUGCCACAAGAAGGGGCGGAUAGGAGCCUAAGCCCUCACGCGUCGUCCUCCUCCGGCAGCAGCGGAAGCUAGUAUUGUAGCCCUAGCCCUGACCUAUCAACGAUGCGGGAAAGCCGACGUUGGGCAAGUGAUGAAGAGUACAAUCUCGUCGAAGAGGUAUUGAUAUGAGUCAACGCAUUUUAUACUUGUUGAAUGGAGGAAUAUUUUUUGUUUAUGUCAACUCCCCUUGUUUUCUCUCUAGAUGGUGAAAGCGCAGUCUCCAAGCCAGACAAUUGGUAGUGGUACACAAGCCUGAAAGGCAAGAUCACAAACACAGUGGUGGACGAACAAGGUUACCGCCACAGGAAUCGACACUGACGGGUUGCCUACGGAUGAAAAGGCCCUGAAUAGAUUCUGCAGGGUCGCAUGGCUCAUUGAUCGAGAAAGGGUGCCAAUAACGACUAAGUUCGAUGACCUGAGUGAUGAAGCAAAGAGGGAGUUGUUCGAUAAUAUCAUCAAGGAGUAUCUGGAGUACCCUGGCAACAUGAGCGAGCGUCAAACAAUCAUCGUGGUCAAUGCAGCAAUGAAAGCGAUCGCAAAACUUCACCAAAUCUUUAAGAGCAAGCUUGUGAAUCGGUACUUGGCUAAAGGGGUGGUGCCCUUCGAGAGCUACAAGCACUUGAAAGAGGAAGAUUGGGAUGCUUUGUGCAGAUGAAGAAACCAGAGCAGUUCAAAAAGGAGAGUGAGGAGAAGAAGCAGCAUCGGACUAGGAACAAGCACAAUCAUAGGACCGGCGCAACCGGGUACUCUGGGAAAAGGCCAAAAUGGCAGGAAGAGGACGAAAAGUUAGCCAAAGAAGGUCGCGAGAAUCAUUGGUUGCAAUUCCCGGGAAGAUCACGAUCAUAUUUGCGUGCAAGGGGUGAGCUAUCCGAAAGCAGGGAAAUCACAUUUAGAAAAAGUGAAACACAGGUAGUCGCAGAAAAAGUUAAAGAAAAGGCAGCCAAAACCAGCCAAGGUUUUUUCACCAGGGUCAGGGAACAUGAUGUUCUCUUAGUGGUGCUGGGAAACCCAGAGCACCCAUGUCGAGUGCAGGGUGUAUCAAGUUCCCAGGACUGGAAAUACGGCUUUCCCGAAGACCUCGGGAUGUACAAGAAGAGGAAGAGGUCUGCAAUGGACGUGGAUGCAUUGACAAAGGACAUCACUCGAAAAGUUUACCCAAACAUCAUGGAGCAGCUUGCAUCACAGGCAAUACAAAUUUCCAUGCCAGUGGAAGCUAGCCUCGGAGCUGCAGGGAAGAGUAGAUGCGCCUCCAAGAUGGUCGAGCAACAAGUAGCUGCUGCCAUGACUGAGUCGAAUACGAUUGACAUGCUAGAAGGGCUCAUGCCCUGCAUCCUUUAAUCAGGCCUCGCGGGUAUCACAUUGAGGUUGCAAGGGGCCAAGUGCUUCCAGGAGUCUCCAUCUUACAUACAGUCUUGAUACGUGCAGGCUAUGUUGUGUUUACGACGGACAUGGUACAUUACAAUACCACCGAUCAUGUGUUGGAGCUCCCACCUAAUGAUGAAGUCACAACUCUAGUUGAAGCGCUUCGUCAAAGGAUCCAGUGGAUGAGGGGCGACAUCGUGGUCUCCAGCGUAUCCCAGUUUGGACGAUCUCCAAGUGCAUCGUCGCCGCACCCCCAACUUCCAGAGAAGGCAGCUUCACUACCUUUUCCUCCUCUAGAGAAGCUGGCUCCACUGCCUUCUCCUCCGCAUCCGGCAACCUCGCUUCCAGAUCCAAUUUCGCCUCCCCUAGAGAGUACAAAGAAGAAAAAAAAAGGAGGCCAAGAAGAAAGUCUUUAAGAAGCACCUCCCGAAGAAGUCGAUGGCCAUCGUACUAGUAAAGAAUACCACAAACAUUGGAGCAGCAUGGACUAGUGCCAACACGAAAUUCAAAUAUGGGAUGCCCAUGAUGACGGUAGAUGGCCUAACAAGGGCGGGAAAAGUAUGUGUCGACCUACAUAAUUACUACACACAGGUUUCUAGAGACAGCAAUGCCACAUCCAUAGUCAUACAGUACAAACGACGACACCUCUUAAGUAAUGGAGACAACUACUUCAUUGUGGGUUUCAAUGACUUAUACGACCUUUUCAACCUUGAAGCCCUGGACGUUUCGUUAUUAUGAAUCCUCACAUUACAUAUGAUGAAAGAAACAAAGAAGAACAAGGAGCCCAUCGCAUUUCUUUACCCUGAGGCCAUUUCAAUAUCAGUAAUCCAAAUUCACCCCGACUACGCUAUAGACCAUGUGAUCAGGCAAUGCAACAACAUUCCAAAAUGCAGUACCUGAUGGGCGCCCACAACACUGGUGGCCAUUGGAUCUUACUGGUCAUUUGCCUCAAGUGGAACUUGGUGUGGUACCUCGACUCUCAAGACCAGUAGGACGAAAAGGCAAACCUAGAGAGCAUGAUUACAACCCUGUAAAAGGACUCCUCGAUAUGGUUUUUGACAAGUACAUUCGAGCUCAACCUGACUACAACAAGAAAGACAGCCGCAAACUGACACACAAGACCGGCUUCGUGUAGUGCCACCAAUAACCACCGGGCAACCAAUGUGGAUUCUAUGUUGUGUGGAACAUGAUCCUCACGAUCCGAGCAAAGGAUAUCAAAUCCCCCCAUGAAUUUAACGCUCUUUUUUUCAAUGAUGGUGCACUCACGGAGAUUCGACGACAGAUCGCCGAGUUCUUGGUGUCUGAAGUCAUCAACCUACACGGCGAGUUUCACUAUAGAACCCCUAGGUUGUUAGGUCUUUUGUAAUAUGAGUUGAUUGGAACUCUGUAACAUUUGUUAUUUUGUAA